AUGCUCAAGGUCUUCAGCUGCGGCAUGCCAGAAAACAGUGAAAAAAAUGUGUGGGAAAUUCAGACUCUACGGAAGGACUCCUUGCUGGAUUUCACCAAUGCUUCAUCUUUGGACUUUUUAAUAUUGUUUAUGAAUACUCUUUGUUCACAUUGCCUAACCGAACAUGCUGCCAUAAGGAAAGGAAACUAUGCGAUCGAUACGGUGAAACUAGUAACUAGAAGUAUGUUUGGCGGAGUGAUCGAUAAGAUUUCGUAUCGUGUGCGUAAUUCGGCCCUUAACCCUUGGAGGAACUCCAGGACCGUCCCACCUACUCCGAAGAACAGCGUGGAGAACCUCAUGGAGCUUGCAAAGGGCGAUUCAAAUACAAUAUUACCUCGUGAUUGUCCCGUGCAAACUGAGAAGAGAGUAUACAAGCGUUCGGAUCCGAUAGACAUCGUCUAUCCUAAGGCAACCUGGUGA